CUUCGGUCCAAAAAAGGGUGGCAUCUUUUCCCCCAGCUGGUUGGAAGAGGAUAGACCGGUGGAUGUUGUCUCAACGUGACUGUUUACUGAUAAAAUAACAUAUUUUUUUUUUAUAUUCGACGCUGUAUGUGUUUCUAUACGUGAAAAAGAGACGGUGGGACCGUAUCUUAAUCCCGUCGGGAAACCGAGUAACGUUUUUCGUCGAAAUAAAUCCUCGUUUUGUUUUUAAUCCAGUUGAUCAGACGUGUUUGUUGAUUUCAUCUCGCCGAGCCGACUGUCUAGUCUUUUUCUUUUUCUUUUCUUCUUCUGAUAAAUAAGAGCGAUCUCUGUGGAUUAAAUUGAACAACAAAAUACGACGAGUACCAUGAACUCUGUGGAUCGAGUUGAACUGUGCGACAGCCUUUUAACAUGGAUCCAGACGUUUGGAUUGGAGGCACCAUGCAGGACGGUGGACGAUCUCACAAGUGGGAUCGUCAUGGCCCAGGCCCUACAGAAAAUAGACAUUGUGUAUUUCACUGACAACUGGAUCGGUAGGAUCAAGGCCGAGGUGGGAGAUAACUGGCGGCUAAAGAUCAGUAAUCUGAAGAAGGUGUUGAAAGGUAUACUGGACUACAACCAGGAGGUCCUUCAACAGCAGAUCAAUGACUUCACUCUGCCAGACAUCAACCUGAUAGGAGAACACUCAGACGCUGCAGAGCUGGGCAGGAUGCUGCAACUCAUAUUAGGCUGUGCUGUCAACUGUGAGCAGAAACAAGAAUACAUCCAGACCAUAAUGAUGCUGGAGGAAUCUGUUCAACAUGUUGUCAUGACAGCCAUUCAAGAGUUGAUGAGCAAAGAGUGCCCUGUAAUGGGAGGAAACGAAUCGUACGCUGACAUCGAUAGACAGCUGAAGAAGACGGUGGAGGAUUUGAACGAGGCUCUAGCCACCAAGGAGGAGAUCGCACAGAGAUGUCACGAGCUGGACAUGCAGGUGGCAGCGCUACAGGAGGAGAGGGGUAGUCUCCUGGCUGAGAACCAGAUCCUCAUGGAGCGUCUCAACCAGUCUGACUCCAUAGAAGACCUGAACAGCCCUGUAGGACGUAGACACCUGCAGCUGCAGACACAGCUGGAACAUCUCCAGGAGGAGACCUUCAGGCUGGAGGCAGCGAAGGAUGACUAUCGUAUCCGCUGUGAGGAGUUGGAGAAGGAGCUGACAGAGCUGAGAGGGCAGAAUGAAGAGCUUACGUCCCUGGCUGACGAGGCCCAGACACUGAAGGACGAAAUGGAUGUACUCAGACACUCGUCAGACAAGGUGUCCAAGCUGGAGGUCAUGGUGGAGUCGUAUAAGAAGAAGCUGGAGGACCUGGGAGAUCUGAGGAGACAGGUCAAGCUAUUGGAGGAGAAGAACACUCUGUACAUGCAGAACACUGUCAGUCUGGAGGAAGAAGCAAGAGCCAACACCACGAGAGGACAGCUGGAGUCCUACAAGAGACAGGUGGUAGAGCUGCAGAACAAGCUGUCUGAGGAGUCCAAAAAGACAGACAAGAUGGAGUUUGAAUACAAGAGACUCAAGGAGAAGGUGGACUCUCUCCAGAAAGAAAAGGAUCGGAUGAGGUCAGAGAGAGACUCCCUAAAGGAGACCAUUGAGGAGCUGCGUUUUGUUGAGGCUCAGGAAGGACAACUGUCUACAGGCAUGGUUCCACUGGACAGUAACGAGGGCUCUGAUUCGCUGGCGGCAGAGAUCGUCACCCCAGAGAUCCGAGAGAAGCUGAUCAGACUGCAACAUGAGAAUAACAUGCUGAAGCUGGCCCAGGAGGGUUCUGAUAAUGAGAAGAUCGCUCUGCUGCAGAGUUUACUGGAGGACGCUAACAGUAGGAAGAACGAACUGGAGACAGAAAACAGACUGGUGAACCAGAGACUGAUCGAGGGUCAGAGUCAGGUGGAGGAGCUGCAGAGGAGUCUUCAGGAACAGGGCUCCAAAGCGGACGAUUCAAUCAUUCUGAAGAAGAAAAAUGAUGCUCACAUGGAGAAAUUACGGGAAGUGAACAGUGAACUGCAGAAGAAGUGUGCUCACAUCGAUGACUUGGAGCCCAAAUACACCUCUAGUGCCCAGAAAGUAGAGGAACUGGAAGAGGCGUUAAAGAAGAAGGAUGAAGACAUGAAGCAGAUGGAGGACAGAUAUAAGAAGUACCUGGAGAAAGCGAAGAGUGUUAUCCGGACCCUGGACCCUAAGCAGAACCAGGGCUCGGCACCAGAGGUCCAGACCCUGAAGAACCAGCUGCAGGAGAGGGAAAGGAUGCUGCACUCUCUGGAGAAAGACUACGACAAGACCAAGGCUCAGAGAGACCAGGAGGAGAAACUCAUAGUGUCUGCCUGGUACAACAUGGGCAUGGCUCUCCAGAAGAAGGCAGCAGAGGACCGACUGGCCAGUACGGGUUCCGGACAGUCCUUCCUGGCCCGCCAGAGACAGGCUACCAGCACACGCCGCUCUUACCCCGGAUACCCGGGACCCCAGUCCGCCACCGCCAGGUAGACACGGCGCCGUGACUCUUCAACCCGACCUUUGACCUCCGACCCUUCCAGGCCAGGUACCGCCACGGCCAGGUAGACAUGGCACCCUGACCCCUACCUGAACCUUUUUUUUCCCCCCUGACCCCUGACCCCCUGCAGGUGUCCAUCAGGACACACAGUCCAGUUGUAUGGGUGUCGGCUGAGCUUAGUGAUCCCGUGUUCACUGGACCGGUUCAGAAUAAAUCCUCUGAUGCUCCUUUGUUCUCUGUCCUCCUCCACAGUCCUUCAGUCUCCCUUUUAAAUCUGGUUACCUGGAUUUAUUAGCAAUAAUUAUUAUGCACAUUUCUGUAAAACGAUGUUACCUGUUCUGUUCACCUUCUUCUGUUUGGAAUCCUCCUAUCUAAUAACUUGUUGUUUCUAUGUAACACAAGAGUAGAGAUGCCAUGUUGUUGUUGUUGUUGUUGUUGUUGUUGUAGUAUUUGAACCCUUAUGAAAAGAGAAACAGAGAAUAUUUUCAGAUCUAUUGCUUGAAUGCGCUUUAGUUUUGUAGAGGGUGUAUCCACUACGUAUAGGGCUAGUGACCAGUUGAUAUCUUUAAACCCAGUACAGUACAUAGUAUGUGUUAAGUGUGUUCAGUCUCUUAGACAGUCUUUGUUUUACUUACGUGCAGUCUGUUUUAGACAGUCUUUGUUUUACUUACGUGCAGUCUGUUUUAGGCAGUCUUUGUUUUACGUGCAGUCUGUUUUAGACAGUCUUUGUUUUACGUGCAGUCUGUUUUAGGCAGUCUUUGUUUUACGUGCAGUCUGUUUUAGGCAGUCUUUGUUUUAUGUGCAGUCUGUUUUAGACAGUCUUUGUUUUACGUGCAGUCUGUUUUAGACAGUCUUUGUUUUACGUGCAGUCUGUUUUAGGCAGUCUUUGUUUUACGUGCAGUCUGUUUUAGGCAGUCUUUGUUUUACGUGCAGUCUGUUUUAGACAGUCUUUGUUUUACGUGCAGUCUGUUUUAGACAGUCUUUGUUUUACGUGCAGUCUGUUUGAGGCCGUCUUUGUUUUACGUGCAGUCUGUUUGAGGCAGUCUUUGUUUUACGUGCAGUCUGUUUUAGACAGUCUUUGUUUUACGUGCAGUCUGUUUUAGAGUCUUUGUUUUACGUGCAGUCUGUUUUAGGCAGUCUUUGUUUUACGUGCAGUCUGUUUUAGACAGUCUUUGUUUUACGUGCAGUCUGUUUUAGACAGUCUUUGUUUUACGUGCAGUCUGUUUUAGAGUCUUUGUUUUACGUGCAGUCUGUUUUAGGCAGUCUUUGUUUUACGUGCAGUCUGUUUUAGACAGUCUUUGUUUUACGUGCAGUCUGUUUUAGACAGUCUUUGUUUUAGGUGUAGUCUGUAGUUGGCUAAACUGGGACCUAGCAGUAGAGUAGGUAAUUAUACACAUACGGCAUUUACAGAACAGAACAAAGAUUCAUAUUGAUCAAGUGUUUCUCCUGAAAUGAAGAAGGGAAACCUCUUCCCCUGUAGACUCCUGUUCUCAAAUCAACCAGUAGUCAUUAUCGAUUAUGGUGAACGAGUGAGUGUCUCUCCCUAUUAUCCUGUGUUGCAUGAGGAAAUACCAAACUGUCCUCUCUUUUUGUCCUCUAGAUCCACACUCGUAACUAACACGAUGCACAGCUGUAACUGUCCCAUAUGAACCCGUCUGCAUACUAACGGUCCAUAACCACUAUCUAUGCGCUGGACCUAGUCAAACAGUGGCUAUGAUGUUGUAUAGCAUAGCAAAAAGCCAUUUGAAGUGGCCUGCAAUACAAACGUAAAAUAACCACUGCUGCCACACAAGGAGGUAUAUUAUAAACUUUACAGGGAGGAGGAUUAUAAACUUUACAGGGAGGAGGAUUAUAAACUUUACAGGGAGGAGGAUUAUAAACUUUACAGGGAGGAGGAUUAUAAACUUUACAGGGAGGAGGAUUAUAAACUUUACAGGGAGGAGGAUUAUAAACUUUACAGUUAGGAGGAUUAUAAACUUUACAGGGAGGAGGAUUAUAAACUUUACAGGGAGGAGGAUUAUACAUUUUACAGGGAGGAGGAUUAUAAACUUUACAGGGAGGAGGAUUAUACAUUUUACAGGGAGGAGGAUUAUACAUUUUACAGGGAGGAGGAUUAUAAACUUUACAGGGAGGAGGAUUAUACAUUUUACAGGGAGGAGGAUUAUAAACUUUACAGGGAGGAGGAUUAUAAACUUUACAGGGAGGAGGAUUAUACAUUUUACAGGGAGGAGGAUUAUAAACUUUACAGGGAGGUGGAUUAUAAACUUUACAGGGAGGUGAAUUAUACACUAUACAGGUAGGAGGAUUAUAAACUUUACAGGGAGGAGGUUUAUCAACUUUACAGGGAGGAGGUUUAUCAACUUUACAGGGAGGCGGUUUAUAAACUUUACAGGGAGGCGGUUUAUCAACUUUACAGGGAGGAGGAUUAUAAACUUUACAGGGAGGAGGUUUAUCAACUUUACAAGGAGGAGGUUUAUCAACUUUACAGGGAGGAGGUGUAUACACUUUACAGAGAGGUGGAUAUAAACUUUACAGGGAGGUGGAUUAUAAACUUUACAGGGAGGUGGAUUAUAAACUUUGGUAUCUCUCCAGGAACAGGGUUGGAGAGCCCUGGUCUAGAUAGAUGUAAACCUACAGGAGAGUAUCUCUCCAGGAACAGGGUUGGAGAGCCCUGGACUAGAUGUAAACCUACAGGAGGGUACCUCUCCAGGAACAGGGUUGGAGAGCCCUGGACUAGAUAGAUGUAAACCUACAGUAGGUAUCUCUCCAGGAACAGGGUUGGAGAGCCCUGGACUAGAUAGAUGUAAACCUACAGGAUGGUACCUCUCCAGGAACAGGGUUGGAGAGCCCUGGU